GACCCAAGAACAGGUGGGACCCGAAAACCGGCGGACGUUAGCAUGGCUCAGCUACUUUUCCAAUCCAUCCACUAGAUGCGUACCGUCCAGGUUGCACUUCCUCUUUACCUUCUCCCGAAAGCCAAAAACCCCCGAAAAAGGGUCAAACUUGCCUCUGAAAUUAGGGUUUCACAUGUGGAAAUCCGACCCAAUAUCCUCUCUCACUCGUCUUCAAUUUAGCAUAAAAAUCGUUACUUUUAGGCUUUACAGAAAUAUGAUCUGGGGUUUUGCCUGCCUCUUCGGUGUUGGGUACACUCAAAGUUCGAGACUUUUUGUUAUUUGAGGUAAGAAUUACGGGUUUUAUAUGUCUGGGUAUUUCGUUCUACAGAAAAAAGGUGAAGUUGCUCAUUUGUUUCUUCUUGAGUACUGAAUUCUUGGAUUUUCUUGGUGUUACUGAUGAUUCUAUUAGUUGGAGUUAUUGGUGAUUUGGAGCCAGGUUGGUUUUUACUGUACCGAUUUUAUUUUCUUGUAGCUUGUGAUAAGGGUGUUGUUUUUCUCAGAAUUUGAAGCAGAAAAUUUGGGUAUUAUGGGUUCGAACUUGGGUUUUUUUGGGAUUUAGUUUUUUCUUCUUUAGAGUGAAGGUUAAUGGGCAGUUCUUUUUCUGCGACCUAGUUGCUAAUAGAAAGGUGAAAAUUGGUGAUUUUGAACUGAAUGUUGGUAUUUGGGAUUUGAAACUUUGGGUUAUUUAUGCUUCAGUAUUUGGUACAUUGAAGUGGUUUGUGAUAGAGACUUGGGUUGUGUGUGUUUCUUGUCUUUGGAGUUUGUUGACCCUGAAUUGUGCUUAAAUGGACGACUCUGAUGAUGAUACGAGUUAUCGGAGCCUUUAUAGGUCGCCUCAAAGGCCCAAGCUUCCCGUUCGGGAUCUAUCUUAUCCCGAACAAGUCGGUGAUCAAUAUUUAUAUGGUGAUGAUGAUGACUAUGCUGAUGAAGAAGAUGUUGAUGAAGAGGGAGAUGAUAAUAAUGAGGCUAAUGAUAGUAGACAAAUGGCCAAAUUUGGAAAUGAUGAUGAUGAGGGUAAUGAUGACAACGAGGAUGAGGGUUAUAAUGAGAAUGACGACGAGGAUGAAAACGAACAAAAUGGUGAAAGCGAAGGAAUAAAAGACGUUGAUUUAGGAAGGCACCGAAAAAAGCGGAAGUUAAAGAGUUUGUUAUCAAGUUACGAAUUCGCUCCUCGAGUGGCUGCACCUCCAGUGGUAGAUCCAUCCACCUCAAAGCCUUCAGUUGGUGGGCGGAAUUCACUCUCUGAUUGGACUGAAGAUGAGACGUUUGUUUUGUUAGACGCUUGGGGUGAAAGGUUUCUUAAACACGGGGGAAAGAGUCUCCGGUCUGAAGAGUGGCAAGAGGUUGCUGAAAAAGUAAACCAAAACUCAAAAAUAGUGAGGACAGACACUCAGUGUAGAAACCGUUUGGAUACGUUGAAGAAAAAAUACAAGAAGGAGAAGGCUAAGUUGGGUGAGAGCAAAGGCGUGACCGGAAGAUGGGUUUACUUCAGUAAAAUGGAUUUGUUAAUGUCGUCAAAACAAACAGGACUCUCGUGUGGGGUGGACUCAGGGGAGUAUGUUUUCACGAACCCUAACGUCUCUUUGAAUCGUGCGAGUGGAUUGGAUGAAAUGAGGGAUAGCCCAGUAAAUUCAGAAUCUGGGGAUGAUUCGGAUGGACUUCCGCCCAAGAGGGUUAAAAUGGGAAGGGAGAGAUCUGAUGGGGCUUCCUUCAGAUUGCUUGCGGAUUCUAUUCACAAGUUCAGCGACAUAUACGAGAAGAUUGAAAAUAGGAAAAGACAGCAGAUGGUUGAACUGGAAAAGAUGAGGAUGGAUUUCCAAAGAGAUUUGGAAGUGCAGAAAAGGAAGAUUCUAGAGAGAGCCCAUGCCGAGAUUGCGAAAAUAAGACAAGGUGAUGACGACGAGGAGAACGAUCUGUCCGCCGAGACUAUCAGCGAUUGAUAUGUAUCAGAGCCUCGUAUUAUUCCGCUGUGCGGGAUGGUACACCAUAUUCCUUUUUGGUUCUAAAAUUACUAGGUAAUAAAAUCUCCAGGAUGAAUGUAUCUGGAUAUAUUAGGUAGGUCAAUUAGCAUUCCUUUAAUAGUGGCACUGCUACUUUGUUGGUUGUAGUUUUUUGUUUUAUGAGACAUAAUGAGGUACUCUUCGGUUUCCGUA